GCGCCCAGAGCUGUUUCACCUGUUUCUCGGAGGAGAGGCGGCUGGGGUCAGGACGAUGGAGGGCUGCGCAGGAGCGGCUGCGACUUCUCUGCUCCGGCGGCUGUGCUCUGGAGCCCGGAGCUUCCCGGCAGGUUAUGCAAGAAGUGCCAGUAUCAGAUUUUGCAGUACAGGAAAGACCUAUGAAAAGAUCAACCAUGCCACUAUAGAUCGUAUCAUCCGGGUGGAUCAUGCAGGGGAAUAUGGAGCAAACCGCAUAUAUGCUGGACAAAUGGCUGUACUAGGUAGAACAAAUGUUGGGCCAGUUAUUCAGAAAAUGUGGGAUCAAGAAAAGGACCAUUUGAAAAAGUUUAAUGAGUUGAUGGUUACAUUUAGAGUCCGACCAACUAUUCUGAUGCCCUUUUGGAAUGUAAUGGGAUUUGUAUUGGGUGCUGGAACAGCCUUACUUGGGAAGGAAGGGGCAAUGGCUUGCACUGUGGCUAUAGAAGAGUCAAUAGCACACCAUUAUAACAACCAGAUGAGGACAUUAAUGGAAGGGGAUCCAGAAAAGUAUGAAGAACUCCUUCAGAUAAUUAAAAAAUUUCGGGAUGAGGAGCUAGAACACCAUGACACGGGGCUUGACCAUGAUGCAGAAUUGGCACCAGCAUAUGCCAUCUUGAAAGGUGCUAUUCAGGUUGGAUGCAGAGCGGCAAUAUAUUUAUCGGAACGAAUUUAAAAUAGUUAUUUGUGACAUUAUGUAAAAGAUGAUAGUAACUGAAGGAGUUUUAUUUGCACAUGUGAGCUUUAUAAUUAUUGUGAAUUUUGUUAAUAAAUUGAAUAAUUCUACUCUGAAAAAA